AUGCCCACUGACGAGGUCACAUUUAUCAAAACUUUACGACAUUUUGGAAGAUCCCCUGGACCAAUGGGAUACAGCAACCCAAAGUACAUGGCAUUUACGGCCACGCAAGCGAGGCGUUUCCCCAACUUGGUGAACUUACACUCAGUGAUGAGGAAAUUACGAAAUGGGCAUCUUCUUACCACCUCGACAUUUACAACAUUAAACGCGACUAAAAUGGAUGACAUAACCGGCGAUGGCAACCAUCCCAAUAAGAGAGGAAAAGGAAGGAACAAAAGUAAAUUUGGCAAGAGAAAUACUAUUUCACUUUCAGACUCACCGUAUCCUAUCACUACGAUCUCCGGCCCUUGCGAAACGACUAUUGGAGGGCUUCAAAAGCUCUGUUCGGUUUGUCCGGCUGUGACAGACCUGGGUCCGACCAGGAGCCCGCGAUACAUCAACGAACUGUUGUGCGGAGGAGAUCAAUUCUGUGGAAUAGAAGGCGUGCAAGGAAUUUGCCAAAACACCGUUAUCAUCCAGGAUUUUCUGGUGAUCACAGGUGAUCAAAUGAACGUGUACUCGCAACCCAUCCGUGCAUGUUGUGAUUGCACUAUAUUUCCGUAACACACUGACUGUAAACAAGAGAGGAUGAGAGAAAACCCCUCUCUUGCUGUAAAUGGAUGGUACAUUGACUUGAAAUAAAGAAUUCUUCACUCUCCCAGGACUUGGACUUGAGUAUAUUAACUCUUUAACUCCCAUGAGUGACCAAGAAAGAAUUUCUCCUUACAAUAUCAAUACAAUAUCAACCAGAUAAGUGAUGAGAAUAAAGAAGAAUACCAAUUUGGGGAUACUUAGUUGAUCCAUACAUUAAGUAAGCAUCGGAGCACAAAUCCGAAGGUCUGGGGUUCGAUUCCUCAUGGGGACUCAAAAUUUUUCUUUGUCCCACGCUCGUGACAAGACAAAAAACAUCUUUCUAUAUUUUUUUACCGAGCUCAAAACUUACCAUCUCUAUUAUUUCUAUCUACAAACAUUAUAAGUAUUGUAAGGUUGACAGAAAGGAGAAUUUCAAAUUUGAUCCGCGAGUUAAGGGGUUAAGUAGCUUCUGUCAAAAAAUAAACGACGACAUAGGCAGGCUGGAUGAUUUUUAUAGUACUUGAGAACCGCGUCAACCCAGAAAAAUUGAACACGGAAAGUUUACCACAUUCAUUUUAAUCACUCAUUUAGGGUGCGUUCCUUUGGGAGAAUCCGGGUCAGGAUUUCUGAUCUGUGGCGUUCCUUUCGAGCAAAUCCAUUUUCAGAUUAGUGAUCUAUCAAAUCCACUCUGGACAAGGAUUCAUCGGAUCGCUGAUCUGCGUGAUCUAAAGACGGAUAAUUGGAUCACUGAUCUGCGUGAUCUAAAGACGGAUCAUUGGGUCACUGAUCCAACACGUUCCUUCGGGCGAAGGAUCCGAAAUUAAUCAUUUUGCUCAGCGGCGUUCAAUUUCCAACUGGUAGGUACUUCAUAUAUUGACCGGAAAUACUGUUGGCAAUCGCUUCACAAACUCUGCGAUAAACACGAAAUAAAAUCGAUUUUGCAAUGUUAAAUCGAUCGGCCACUGAUCGCAGGCAUUCUGGGUUCCCAAGUAUCCAUAUCGUAAUCAAUACUUGUGCUGUCCAUCGUUUGAGUUUACUAUGAAAAAAUGUGCUUCUAAUGAAUAGUGCUAAUUAGAAAAAUUGUGCGCGCUAAAAGCCCGUGCAGAUAGACGAGCCUUCAGGGGAGAGCUCAAUAACCCACGUGCAUACACAAGUCUUAAAAUAGCGCACUUUUUGGAAUUCUCUGAGAGCUCGUCUAAAACUCCGUUCCUUUCAUGCACCGUGAUCUGUUUGAUCUUGGAUUACAAAUCCUAAUCCUGAUCCUCCCAAAGGAACGCACCUUUAGUUUAUUAAAAAAAAAAAAAAGAAGAAGCGGCACACAAUGAUCAGUGUUCAUUACUACCUAUCUUUAACUAAGGGUCUCAAUGGGGCACUGGCUUUUACGGCUAACCGUUAAAAAAGUUUGGGCAUUUUACGGCUACGGUUAUACCGAAAGGACACAAAAUGACUCAUCUUAGAAAGGAAACAUUUUAACGGUUAACUUUUUUUACGACUACUAGUUAAAAUUGUCAAUUCUUACGCCCAAUGGCUGAAUGUUUGGCCGCCUUACGGCAAACGCCUCUGAAGCCUUCUUAACUGAAAGAACAUCAUAUUAAUUCAGCAGAAUUAUUAUGAUGAUUAUCAAAGACUUGUAUAAUAUUUAUCAAGGAAGACCUGUCUAAUAUCUCUCUCAUCGAGAGUAAAAUGAUAACUGGGAAGUUAAAGCUGAUAAAUUUAAAAAAUGCUGUAUCAUGGGCAUAACUUAAGCUCUUGCUCCUGUCGCAGAAUAUAAUUGAGUUGGGAACUAAGGAAGUCUAAAGUUAAAACAGAGAGUUUUGUGAAAGCUACUCUUCUAGCGUUUUCACUUGCUUACUAUGACAGUGCACAAAUUCACGAAGAAACUGCGCCUAACAGAACCUGUAAACGAAGCCCCUGACUUUGUGUUAGACUUCUAAAACGAACCCAUGUUAAAAGAUCAACUCACGCUUCGCAAUGAGUAUCAUGGGAUAGAAUGAAACAACCGAUGUUGUGGUAGUCAUUCAGGUUUUUAAGCAGUUCCUCCGGAACAGAAAGCUGAGUCGAGACCACUGUAACUUGCUGAAACCACGCUGUAUCGCCAAAUUAAAGCCAGGAAAUUCACAUUUCCAGAGAUGGAUUUCUCAUAAUUUCCGAUUCACUACAACUUCCUUUCCUGAAAUAAAUCAAGGACAGUAAAUAGCCGGUUUUUCCCAAUUCCAGGCAUUUUACACGAUGCUUGAUAAGUACUUUAACGGUAGGAUGAUUUUACGACUGGAAAAGUUUGAUAACUCGCGUAAUGCAAAAUACAAUGAAAACGCUGACGGCUCUUGUUUACGGAAUCUUUCCGUAGCAUUUGCUGUGUUCUUGGUUCGUUUGCAGACUAGAGCUGUAUUUCCUAUGAUUUCAAGGACAUUAACGUCUUUCCUAAAUUAAAUUUGAGACAAUAAAUAGCAGUUUUUCCAUAAUGGCGUGUACUUGACUAAGGUUAACUAUUUACAUCUGCGAAGCAGCACUUUCAUUGCAAUCUAAUUUUACGUCUGAAAAAUUCCGCAAAUUCCUCACAUCGACCUGGUAAAAAUUUAACAUCUGCAUAAGAAAGUAAAAUACCGCGGCAGACAGAGUCUGGCUUUGAAAUCUAUUUUAGAACAAAAAUCGGAAGGUAGCGAAGUAGUAAAAUUUUUUAGACAUUUUUUAUCUGAAAUGUGGUCAAGAUCUGUGACUGUGAACCGCACGGAAGUUAUAGAAACAUUUGACUGACUAAGCUAACUUGAAAUAACUUUUCCUUGCAUAAUAUAAGUUGUAUGUCUAUAGAAGAUUUGGGGAACUGAAUGGUCGAAAACUUAAACAUCUGGUCCGGACAAGAAUAGGCGAGAGUCCCAGAAAAAACUAUCUGUAAAGUAAUUUUUAGAUAACUUCAAUAUGCCCACGCAAUGUGAUUUAAGAUAUAAUUCCGGUUUACUUAACUUCCGCAUGUGUCAGGAUUAUAUAACCGCCCGGUCUAAGGCGCUUAGCAGCAGUAAAGCGGCCACAAUCAAGAAAUUUGUUUCACAACCAGCUGCAGAGGAGCACACAGGGAUCGAGGUAAGCCUUGUAAUGCUACUAUUAAAUUUUCUUUAAGAAAAAUGAUGAAUAUUUUUUUAUUAGUGCUGUGCAAAGAAGCUUCCAAGUCCAUUUGAGAAUUCGAAACCUAAUGAUGUCCGGAGCUCUUUUCUUGGUUUGUCCGUUAACCAAGAGCACGAGUAAAAGCACAGAAAUCCUUUGUUAAGUUUUUCAAAUUUUUACGAUUUUUCUCCUGUUUCGUGUCGAGACUCAAGCUGUUAUAGUUUUUACAGUGAAGUUCUGUGUUCGAUUUCGUAACCAGGUCUAAGUCUUUUAAAAUGAAUUCAAUUUUUCAUGGGACAGAAAAAGGCACGAAAAAUCGAUGCGCUUAAAAUCAGCUGACUGUAUAUCCCAAUUCAGCGCCCUAAAACGCUUUUAUUUCAGAUGGAAAAGCGAUAAAAAGGAAAUACAGAAGAAGAAAUUUCGUGUUUUCUAAUCAAAGUUAGGACUCCGAGUGAAAUUAAAAAAAAAUCUUACGACUUCGCACGCUUGAAUAGGUACAACAAAAAAGCAUCACGUUACGUAAGUCAAGUUCUUUCCCUUAUAACGGCGAAUGCAGCAUUCAUUGUGACAAUAUGUUGAGUUUCAUUCAUAUAAGCUGAUUUUUUUGGCUUGUUGUCAAGUGUUUUAUGAAGCAAACACCGAAGAGCUUUGGACAAGAAAAUGUAAAAUUCCAAUUUUGUGUAACUCUCACAGUAGCAAUCGGUUUGUUCGAGGCAAUACCAGUUGUAAGGAUGAAAAUCGUAGUUUGGAUCUAGCUUAAAAUAGGAAAAUUACGUUCUCUUGAAAUUCACAUCAUUACGAGCCCGUAGAAGUAUUGCUCUAAUAUUUGCAAUCAGCGCUUAAAACAGAAACUAACCUGCUCCUAAGCAAACAAACGUUAUCGAUAUACCUGUAGGUAACAUAACUGAGUACGUCGAAAGCUUACAAAUUGGUCCUAAUUAGCUCUCUUUCAACGUUCUUACAUAAUGCAAUGAUGUUUGGAGACUGCGUAAAUGUGCUGCAGUUGCAUGUCUGAGGCGAUCGGGAUCAAGGUACGAUUUACAAUUUACCUCGACUAGUGAAAACCAAGCCCUUCAAGUUUCAAGUCCCUAAGAGUCGUCCCGUGAGAAUUUCCUCAAGGCUAAUUUCUGCUCUGGUCAAGUUCCUCUUCUAAGUCGAGCAAAACUCGUCCGCUCCAAACAAGACAUGAGUUCCUUCCCAUCUAGGGUACAGAUUGACGGGUCCCGUGGUCAUACCUUUGAAAAUCCUUUCUCACAAUGUUCGAGGUUUUCAGGAAAUUCCUUCUUUAUAAGUUUUUUACUCUCAAAUAUUUAAAAGAGUAACCAUAUUUCGUAUUCUUCAGAAUACUUCAUAUCAAUGUUCUGUCUCUAAACGCACUGUUGUUCCGGGGAGCAAAACAGCACUGGUCGGCGUGCAUGAAAUUCAAUUCGCCAGAAAAAAAAAAAAAAAAAAAAAAAAACUGGAUUGUCGGAAAAUGUUUAUUGGAUGGCAAACGUUCAAAAAUGUUGGGUUACGACUUAGAACAUUAAUUAAAGACUAACGAAGCACGUUCCAUAUACGUUUUCUCGGCACUGAGACACUGAAGAGGACUCCUAAAGCUAGGUAAAGAGUCUCAGGUCAAAAAAAGAGAGUGAAGUGCCAUGAGGUAUGAAAUACGCUGAUCUCUCCUAUUUAUUUUUAUCACGUUUUAGACUUCAUUAGAAGAAAAAGUGCACUAAGCACACCAGGUUUCUAACUCCACACAAAACGCUGUAUACAAGCGUGAUUUAAGCAGAAUAUGUUUGAGGCCGCUCGGCAUAAAGGGAUCUAAGCCCGGAGCCUAACUUUUUGACGAGUUCUGUGCAGCUCAGAGUAUCCGAUGGCAAAAUUGAAAGGAAUGAGGUUUCACUGAUCCUGACAGGAAGAACGGUUUUCUCUAUGUUGCCCGCUCCUGAGAAAUUGCUCAAGCAGAGGUGAAACUUUAUUAAUAAGAUAAAAUAGAAGUUUUUUUCGCCCAACCUUUUCGUUUUGUUAAAUAUUUUUAAGGGUUUAACAAUACCGCAGUAAAAUUUGUAUGCUACUGAUAGGGUAAUGCUGCAAUUAAGAGAAUGCAUUAUUUUGUCUUCACAGAAAAGAUGUUUAAAACACUGAUUUCAGCGGUGGCAACGACCAGUGUCUUUCUAAGCUGUAUCGAAGCGCGUCCACUAAAUUCCACGUCAACCGCUAACAUAACAAGCCCCCAAAGAGGCAUCAUAUCAACAGCAUGUACACCGAGGGCAACCAGAGAACUAGAGAUACAACUGCAAACCCACGGUAGCUUCAACAAGCGCUAUCAAGCAAUCACGAGAGACGCCGCAGCAAAAUUUCCCAACCUACUGAAUCAAACUGCGCCCAACACCACAACAACGUCACGCCCGACAAGUCCCUUUCCUAAGACGAACCUCACGAGCGUUAGGACCAAGGGCUCGCGCGAUCAAAAUGGCCACCGCCGUCUAUGCACCGAGUGGUCAGCGGUUACCGUGUUAUCACCGGCUUAUUUCCCGCGCUACUUGAACGAGAUCAUCUGCGACACAAACGACAGAAGUUGCCUCAGUCACACGGGCCAGUGUAAUCAGGGAGGUGUUAUAGUGGAUAUCUUGUACGACACUGGAAAGUGUGGAUCCGAUGGAAAACAGAUCUGGCAAGUUGUAAACCAG